CCCACCUUGUCCUUGGAGCAUCUCUUAAGCCUUACACCAUGAAGAUAGUGUGUCUGUCGGCAGAGAGAACAGCACUCCUCGGGCUGCCGCUCCUGCUGGCACUGUCGUUGGCACUCUCCACCGCCAGUGCCAACCCUGAGCCCUUCAAUAAGUUCUGGAAGUUGGGCUGGAAGGAAAGUUAUCGACCACUUCGUGUACCUGUUGUCUAUCGUCCAGUUUAUGUCACAAAGGAUUACGAACAUCCCAGCAGCUACGGACAUCUCAGCAGCUACGGACACACUAGCAGCUACGGACAUCUCAGCAGCUACGGACAUCCCAGCAGCUACGGACACACUAGCAGCUACGGACAUCUCAGCAGCUACGGACAUCCCAGCAGCUACGGACAUCCCAGCAGCUACGGACAUCCCAGCAGCUACGGACAUCCCAGCAGCUACGGACAUCCCAGCAGCUACGGACAUCCCAGCAGCUACGGACAUCCCAGCAGCUACGGACAUCUCAGCAGCUACGGACACACUAGCAGCCACGGACACACUAGCCCCUACGGACGUCCCACUGGCGGCCGCGGCAGACCAGACUCACAGGCAUUUAAGGCCUCAGUCCCACCGAUGGCUCCCUGCAUAACUGAUCCAGUCCUAGUAGCCCCAGUAGCGCUAGCAGCACCGGUAGCCCCAGCAGCUCAAGAAGCCCCAGCUAACCCAACAGCCCCGGUAGCCCCAGUCGGCCCGGUAGCCCCAGUCGGACCGGUAGCCCUAGUCGGCCCGGUAGCCCCAGUCGGCCCGGCCCCAGUCGCCAGUAGCCCCGAGGUAACUGAUCGGCCCAGCCCCAGUCAGCCAAUGACCCCAGUCAUGGUACCUCCAGUCGUCCCGGUACCCCCAGCAGCCCCAGUAGGCCCCGGUUUGUCUCAGUAA